AAAAAAUUCAUACUUUUUUUGUUUCAAUAAUUGAAUAAAUUCCUGAAAAAUAAUUGCAACUCACCCGUUGUUGCUCAUUCUUGCCAGUAGGCACUGAAAAUUAAACAUUUCCGUUUCAGUGAAAAGCUGGUCGUCCAUUUUUCCGGAAGAAAUGUUUUCAGAGCCCUCGCAACGUCUGACAAAUUCGAAUUUGAAUCGAACCAAAAUCGGCCGAUAGGUGGCGGCCGAUAUUUUUUGCUAAUUUUAUAUAGGAAUCUAGAAGUAUACCGCGACUUUGCCGCCAUAUUCUUGCUCGUUUUCGAUAUGAAUAUUUAGGAUUUUGAAAAAUUAAUCAAAAAUAAGACGGCAAUUUUCGCCAUAGUGACUUUAAAAAAAAAAAAAAACACGUGGCGCCAUCUAUUAUUUUUAUACAAUAUUAUUUGAAAAUACUUACAACAUAACCUCAAAAACAUUGUUUUGGUUCUAAAAUAAAUUGUUCCCGAAAAGAAAAUGUUUUCGCUUUCCAGAAAAUGCACCCUGUGUAAUAAAAGUGUUCAGUUUCGGUGCGAAAAAUUUCAAUUUUCAAUUGCAAAUGAAACCCCAAAAAGCGUAUUAGCAGCAGCCUACAAGCCUCACGAAAUCGAAAAAAACCCACUAGACACAAAUUAUUUCCAUUCAAAACCUCAACCUCAACAAAAACCAUUCUCAUUAAUCCUACCUCCGCCCAACAUUACGGGCACUUUGCAUUUGGGCCAUGCCCUUACCGCAUCUAUUCAAGACGUUUUAGUAAAAUGGCAUAAAAUGCAAGGAAUUCAAACUGUUUGGGUGCCAGGUUUGGACCAUGCAGGAAUCGCAACUCAAGUUGUAGUCGAAAAGAAAUUAUUCAAAGAAAAAGGCUUGACCAGGCAUGAUUUAGGUAGACAAAAAUUCGAAGAGGAAAUUUGGAAGUGGAAACAAGAAAAGUCCACUACAAUAAUCCACCAAUUAAAACGUUUAAAUAUCGACCUAGAUUGGGACAAGGAAGUUUUCACAAUGGACUCUAAAAGAUCAAAAGCAGUCACUAAGGCUUUUAUAAAACUCUUCAAUAAAGGACUCAUUUACCGGGCAGAUCAUUUGGUAAAUUGGUCAUGUGCGUUACAAUCAGCAAUUUCAGAUAUUGAAGUGGAUCAUUUGGAAAUUGCUGGAGCUACAGACGUAACAGUUCCUGGCUACAGUCGGCCAAUCAAAUUUGGAAUACUUACAAAAUUUGCUUAUAGGUUUGAAGACUCAAGCGAACUAAUUGUUGCUACAACAAGGCCUGAAACUAUUUUAGGUGAUGUUGCUGUAGCAGUUAAUCCAAAAGAUUCAAGAUAUAGUGGUUUGAUUGGCAAAAAGUUGCUACAUCCUUUCAGAAAUGAGCUUAUACCUGUAAUAGGGGAUGAAUUUGUUGAUCCUGAUUUUGGUACUGGGGCUGUUAAAAUUACCCCUGCACACGAUCCUAUUGAUUUCAAUGCAGCUAAGCGUCAUAAUUUAAAGCCCUUAUCGAUUAUUGAUGAAAUGGGGCUUUUAAAUGAUAAUUGUGGCCAGUUUAAACAUCUCAAACGAUUUGAGGCAAGAGAUGUUAUAAUAAAUGAAUUAGCUAAAAAAGGCUUAUUUAAGGAAAAUCAAAAUCAUAAAAUGACAAUACCAAUUUGUAGUCGCUCUAAAGAUAUUGUAGAAAGUCUAAUAAAGCCUCAAUGGUUUUUGAGCUGCAAUCAAAUGGCUCAAGAAGCUGUGGCAGAUGUAAGAGAAGGCAGACUCAAAAUCCAGCCGGAAAAUUUCAACAAAAUUUGGUAUCAGUGGCUUGAAAAUGUUAGAGACUGGUGCGUGUCACGUCAGUUAUGGUGGGGUCACAGAAUACCUGCCUAUUCGUGUAAAUAUCAGCAAAAUCAUAUUUGGGUUGCGGCUGAAACUGAACAAUUUGCUAAAAUUGAGGCUUCAAAUUUGUUAAAUUGUGCUGUGAAUGAUGUUGAAUGUAUUCAAGAUGAAGAUGUUUUGGAUACUUGGUUUUCUUCAGCGUUGCAACCUUUUUCUGUUUUCAAUCAUAAGGAAUCAAAAUACUAUCCAUUAUCUCUUAUGGAAACUGGGCAUGAUAUUUUAUUUUUUUGGGUUGCAAGGAUGGUGAUGCUUGGUAAAAAACUUACAGGCCAAUUACCGUUUGAUGAAGUUUUGCUGCACGGUAUUAUUUGUGAUGUCAGGGGAAGGAAAAUGUCUAAAAGUUUGGGCAAUGUGAUUGCUCCUGAAGAAGUUAUUGAUGGUUCUAGUUUGGAACAACUCAAAGUUGGUAUUGAGGCGAAUUUCAAAAAUGGUGUUUUGUCUCUGAAUGAAUUUGAAACAGCUUCUGAGGGGCAACAAAAGAUGUUUCCCAAUGGUAUUCCAGAGUGCGGAGCCGACGCUCUACGGUUCACUUUGUUGUCACAUAAUGUAAAAAGCCACGUAAUCAAUUUUGAUGUACGCGAAUGCCAUACAAACAAAUUGUUUGGUAAUAAAAUCUGGCAAGCUACCAAAUUCGCUCUUUUGUGGUUUGAUAAAGUUGCUGAAGCUCAAUCAAAAGAGGUUUUUGAAGAAUUUGAUGUGGAGGAAUGUGCCUUAAUGGAUCAAUGGAUUUUGAGCCGAUUGAAUUUUAUGAUUGAAACCCUGGAUGGGGCUUUGAAAAGUUACGAUUUUUAUAUUGCUACUGGGGCUUUGAAGGAGUUUUUGUACUAUGAGUUUUGUGAUAUUUAUCUGGAGACAAUCAAGUCCAAUCUCAAACACCAAACCUCAAGCCCGAUAUCCAAACGACACUGUCAAACUUUGCUGACUUGCCUGGAUAAAAGCCUUAGGGCUCUAGCGCCUUUUAUGCCAGCGCUUAGUAAGCAUUUGCACAAGCAUUUGCCCAGAUUCUGGGGUUUGGGCGGAGAAAUGUCUUUUCCUAAGGCCACAACAAGGAAUGAGAUUUUGGAAAAGGAAGUUGAUGAAGUUAUGGAAAUAGUUGUUGGCAUUAGACGAUUGAAGAAGAUUUUCAAUCUGACUUAUAAGUUUAAACCUGAAGUAUUUCUAAUACCAUCUAACUUGGAUAAGGCUAAAAAAUUCUCUCAAGUCAUUCAAGAUUUGUCUCAUCUUUACACAUUUCACAUUUUGGAUCAAAAUGCCUCCAAGCCUCAAAAAGCUGGUCUAAUAGAAGACUCUAUAGCAGAAAACAAGAUUUAUUUGUUUGUGCCUGAAGAGUUGAGACAAAACUUAGAGCUGACAAAAAUUGCCGGCAAAAAGGAAAAAUUACUCAAAGAAUUGGAGAAAAUUAAAGCUAUUGCUGAACCUGGAGACAGACAUGUCAAAAAGAUGGCCCAAAUCUCAGAAAAAAUUACCAGGCUAAACUACAUAGAAACUUUAUCGCAAUAAGGUAGAAAACAAUUUUUUUAUUUAUGUAUAACUAUUAAAAAAAAAUGCAAAAUCAAAAAUCUGAGUCUUAAUAUUACAAGCAAAAAAUGGCAGUUGCGAUUACUGAAUGGCAGUUUUAGAUUCUCAAACUCGUAUCACCAAAUGCAUCUUCCAUUAACUCUUCCUGUCUGGGUCUUACGAGCAUUCGCGCUGAUUUUAGCCCUAUAUUGGAACCCCUAAAACUGUCCCAAUACAUAGACUGAUAAUUCAAUGUAUCCGGAUGUUCGCCGGGCAAAUAUCUUCCAUUUAGGUUGCUUUUGUCGCAAGACUUAUACCACCAUGCUCCACCUAAAAAAAAUUACCUAUAAUGUAAAUGACUUUGAUAUUACGAUUAUUAGUACCGUGUGAUUGUGCGCAACUGCCUUCACCCCACGAAUCCUGGUCCUUGUCUUUGGUACUGAAUUUACUGCCAGCGUGGUACAUCAACGAAUCUCCAGCGGUACCAGUGUAACCGUUGAGAACCUUGAGGGCGUAGCCUUGUUCCUCUGAACCGAUACUGAAAUGAGAGUACCGAGCGUAUUUUUCCACACCGUCGACGUCUACUAGCUGAAUAAGUAGUUCAUUGAUUUGGUU